AUGGCAUGUGGAAUCGGCGGAGGAGGCGCGCAAGGCUCUAGACAAGCUUCAAACAAAGAGCCAACGACUGGAACUGCAGGCAGGCAAGGAAUGACUCACGAGGAGGACACUCUCAGAGGUAUGGAGCAAGCUCUAGAGGAAGCUCACCAAGAACUUGAUCGCUUCCGCACUGAGCAGCAAGUGCAGCUGGCAGACACGAUGGGGGCAAAGGUGCGCGCACAGAUGGAGUUUGCAGGUGCAGAGGCUCGGGAGAAGGCUCUUCAACUGGAGGCAGCGCAGGAGUACACUCAGAGUGUUGCAUUGCAGACUUUGCUAAUCUCAGAAGAGAGCCGUUGUGAGGCUCAUGAGAGGCAAAGGCGGCGCCUGGUGGACGAGCUUGGCGAUCGAGAAGCGCAAAUGAAGAACACGCAAGAGCUGCAAGAGGAACUCCAGAUGCUGCAAGGCAAACUACAACUCUCGGAAGUGCAAGCGAGUGGGUUCUUGCGUGCCGAGAAUCAGGUGCAAAGCCUUCAAAAGAAGUGGCUGGACGCACGAUUGCAAUGCCAGGCAUCUGAAGAGGAACUUUUGAAGUGCCAGCAGCUGUUUGAGGAGGAAGAGCAAACUGCUCGGCAACUGGAUGCCGCAAAGAAGAGGCAUAUGGAGUCGGCUGAGGAGACGCGCAAGGCGCUGGACAAGCUGCAAACAAAGAGCCAACGAUUGGAACUGGAGGCGACAUCUCAAGCUCGAAGAAUGGUUCAUGAGGAGGACACACUCAGAGGUAUGGAGCACGCCCUAGAGGAAGUUCACCAGGAACUCGAUCGCUUCCGCACUGAGCAGCAAGUGCAGCUGGCAGACACCAUGGGCGCGAAGGUGCGCGCACAGAUGGAGUUUGCUGGUGCAGAGGCUCGGGAGAAGGCUCUUCAAGUGGAGGCAGCACAAGAGUACCGCCAGCGGGAGGGACUGCGCAGCUUGCUGCUGGCAGAAGAGAGCCGCUGCGAUGCGCAAGAGAGACGUGUGCGGCGCCUGGUGGACGAGCUUGGUGAUCGAGAAGUGCAAAUGAGAAAUGUGCAAGAGUUGCAGGAGGAGCUCCAUGUGUUGCAAAGCAAACUGCAACUCUCGGAAGUGCAAGCAAGGGGGCACUUGCAUGCGGAGAAUCAGGUGCAGACGCUUCAAAAGAAGUUGCUGGACGCUCGUGUGCAAUGCCAGGCAUCUGAAGAGGAACUGUUGAAGUGCCAUCAGCGGUUUGAGGAGGAAGAGCAGGCGCUUCGGCAGCUGGAAGCGGCCAAGAAAUGGCACAUGGAGUCGGCCGAGGAGGCACGAGAGGCCUUGGAGAAACUCCAAACAAAGAGCCAACGCUUGGAACUGGAGGCCACCUUUCAAGCUCGACGAAUGACCCAUGAAGAAGAAGCUCUCAGAGGUAUGGAGCACGUCCUGGAAGAAGUGAAUCAGGAACUUGGUCACCUUCGCAGCGAGCAGCGCGUGCAUCUUGAGAUGAGCCAGAUCCGCGCUUCUCCCCGUGCAUCACCGACCUUCCAGGAAGAGCCUCUCACGUUCCAGACGGCGAGAGCACGCUUCGAAGCCCCAUCGGCCGAAAGGUCAGAGCAGCGUUUGCAGAAAUUUCCAGAUGAGCUCAAAAGUCCCACCAGCGAAGGAAAGGCCUUGGAGGACCGUGACCAGAAGGUGAGCACAGCUGCUUUUGAAGCCAAGACGAUGAAGCUUGAAGCUUCUGUCGCCCGAUUGAGGGACAGUCUGGAAAGUGCAACUGCCGCACAGAGAGAGGAGCAAGAGAAGGUCUCCCACCAAGAGCUUGCAACGCGGCACUUCGAAACUGCCCUUCAACGACAAAUUCAAAGGAGCGAGGAGCUGUGUCUGGAAAAUGCGAACUUGCGUGCCGAGACCCAAGAGCUUGAAAUGAGAUGUCGAGGACACGAUGAAAAGUCGGCGCAAACGUUGCAUGGUGCGCUGAGCAUUGAAAAGCAGCUCCUUGCUGUGCGUGCCAAGCACGGACACCUGCAGGACGCAUAUCAAGAGCAGCGCAGCUUGAGAGCAAGGGAAGCAGAAGAAGGGCAGCGACGGCGUCACGUGAGCGAAAGUGUCGUCGAUGCGCUGAAGGAGGAACUAUUUCAACUGCGAGAAGAGGCUGCUGCUGAACGAGCUGUCCGGGAAGAAGCUGACCACAUUCAAGAAGAGGUGGAGGAAAAGCUCAAGCGAUUGCACUCUGAAGAGCUCCAAGGCUUCCACUCUGAGCAGAAGGCUUUGCGUGCUGCCUUGCAGUUGCAACGCCGGAACUCCACUCAAGCAUUGGAAGCACAACGCUGGGCACUGCGCCGGGAGAAGCAGCUUCGCAAGCAGCGCUAUGCGCUGCUCUCCGCCGCGUCCGAGGAGAUGCGAGGGCAACUCAUGCGCCUCAAGGCGGCCACCGAGGAAGCUGCUGAGGCUGAUGUCGCGGUGGAGGAUCAAGACGACUUGGUUGCCGAAGAGCUUGAGCGGGUGAAGCUGGAUCAGCAGGCACUCUCAGAGUCAAGAGCUUUGGAGAACAAGACACUCACAGAGCUGGAAGAAGUGCGACAGCAACUCAAGGACGAGCGGCGGACACCCACUCCGAAUGCUGAACGGAUCACAGAGCUAGUGGAGGUUGAGCAGAAAUUGAACGAUGAGAUGGAACAGAUCGAGGCAGCAGUUGCAGAGCACAAGAGGAAGUACCAGGAAGACCACAAGAAGUUGGAAGAGGCUCACGCGGAGGAGCGGGCCUCUCGGGAACGAGCUGAGCAAUACCAUCAGCAAGUGGCAGCCGAGACCCAACUCUUGGCCGUGGAUUUGUUGAAACUCCAGGGCGCCUUUGAAGCGGAUGGCGAGAGUGAGUCCAACUUCUCACAAAGUUCCAAGAUGAAAGAAGGCCGUGCACUGGUUGAAGCAUCCAGCGAGGAGGAGGGAGAGGAGGAGGCAGAGGAGGAAACCUUCGAUUCUUGGGAGGCACAUUAA